ACUACAUUGACUGUGAAGACAGAAAUUGGGAAAGACGGAUUAAGACGUUUGCGAGAACAGAUGAACGGCCAUAUAACAGCUCACAUUUUUGAGUUCAAAGAAAGUUUAUUACCUACCAGUUUUUAGUUUCGGCUUGCUUUGCUUGCCUGUUGAAUUGUGCUCAAGACAAAGAACCGGGUGACAAACGAAAAGAUUUGGGAGUGGAAGCACAGGAUCGUCGAGCGAUGCGAGAGGAACAGUCUUGCAACGACUUUCCCGAGGGUGGGGUUCUACCCAGCGACGAGGAACAAGAACGUCGGGCCAACAAGUGCCCAGUCGUUGUCGCACCGCCGCCGGGUGCACGAAAGCGGUUGACGGGUCCCAAAAAAGAACCCGUCGGGCCGUUACCUGACGAGGAUAAAAUUUCAGAGGGCCCGUCUACACUCGUUCCUUCUGGCCCCAAAAGACCCAAGAGAAGCUCUCCCUCUUCCUCCUCAAACUCUUCCUUAGUUCCCGUCGUGAGUGCUGUGUCACCUGUGCCCGGACAACCCUUCGAAGACCUGCACACGCAACGAGUGAUCGCCAACGUACGAGAGCGUCAACGCACGCAGUCCCUAAACGACGCAUUCGCCUCAUUGCGGAAGAUCAUUCCCACAUUGCCCUCGGACAAACUUAGCAAGAUCCAGAUCCUCAAACUCGCUUCCCGUUACAUCGACUUCCUUUACCAGGUGCUCCAGAGUGACGAGAUGGACGCCAAGCUGGCCAGCUGUAACUACCUGGCCCACGAGAGGCUUAGCUACGCAUUUUCUGUAUGGAGGAUGGAGGGUGCUUGGUCCAUGUCCGCCACCCAUUAGACUCCCAUCUAACAUCCAAAACUCCAACCAGCCUCUGAACUCUGAACCUGAGAAACUGACUCUUAUUAAAUCCAUCGCUGACUUUCUGCUAGCCAACGUCCUUAUUUCGCCAGCUAUUUGACCCCUGCUUCUAUGACCUGACCCUGCCUAAAGCUGACCUCUGACCUCCAUACUGAUCUCUUCUGUUUUUGUCAACACAACCCUCCACAGAUUCUCGAUGAUCCCUGGGGAAAUUCUUCUUUAACUACAAGCCAAAAAUGUUUCCCUUCCACUAUCGGAGCUACACAACAAUGCAAUAUAACCAUUGUUUGGUAUGGUGAUAAAGUCACGUCAUGACAACUGCAAAUGACUCUGGAUCAAAAACUCUGGAGUGGCAGAUUGAAUCAUUUGACAUCCGUCUUUGCCGACCUUGACAGACUAUUGGUGUGGACUCACAAGGGCCGACACCGUUAUGAUGUAACGAGGCCUCUAUAGAGAAACCUGAAUAAAUGCGAUGUAGACUCUUCGACUAUAUUCUCUGUUAUAACCAUCACAUCAUUACAAAGUUGUUGCGCUUGUCAUUUAUGCUGUAUAUUAGCCUACAUUAUUGCUUCUGUGACAGUUUAACAAUUUCAUCAUGGUAUACGCAUUUUGUUAAGGGUAUAAAGGUUGUCACACUUUUUAAAGAUUAAAGAUGCAAGAGAACAAUAGGACGACAUCUCUGUGAAUAACAAACGCAUUAUGGUGAAUGCACAAAGUUAAGUUGAACGGUUACUUUAUAACAAGGUUUUUGCUCGUUUUUUGAGCAAUACAAAAACUUGGAAAGACAAGUUUGAGGAAUACUGAUAUAAUCGAUUUAAAAAAGGACAAAUUCAGAGGAAACCCUUAACUCUGAAAUUUGCUUUUCGAAAAGCUCAAGACUUUUUUUAAGCUCUGCUUAACAUUGCAUCAGGAUCCAGACACUGCUAACGAAUUACAAUAAAAUGUCGUCUAAACUUGGGCAGCACAUAAACUUGAUUUCUUUGCCUUUAUGUCUGCGUGGCAUGAAAUAAAAAGGAUGCCUGACCACAAAAAUGCCUUUUCUCCUGUUCAGUGUGUGAAAUUAUCCAUUAGAAUAUACUGUAAAUGUGUUUAAACUGACUUUACAAUGCCAUGACUAAAGCAGGAUUCUUUUCGAAUAGGAAGGCAAUGGUGUAGCUACACUUACUGUGAAAGUGAAGCUGUUGUUACCCAGUGAUCUUAUAUGGUUUAUUCGAACUCAUAUGACUACAAACCUAUUAUUUUCUUUCUAGCAUGAAACACCAAAAAUAUGGAUUCCUUUUAAAUGCAAUGAAAGUAAAUUGGGACUGAGUUUUCUAACAUUUCUUUUGGUUCACAUCAAGAAAGUCAACCGGGUUUUGAAACAACAACAACGUUUUCAUUUUCACGAUUGAUUUGAACAGAUUCAAAAAGAACACCAUAACAAAUAUUGACCGUAUUGUGUGU